CAAUCAUGUCGGCCGUGAAACUAGAGAAGAAGGUUGCAGCGCUCGAGAAGCGUCUGCAAGAUGAGAUGCAUGCAGCUUUGGAGCCUUUGGCGCUUCGACUGGACAAGCUCGAGGAACAUUUGAGGCAUGUUGCUCGCCCACUUGACUGGGUGGAGUCAGUGGAGUCUAUUCCACAAGAUCCACAAGCCAAGUUCGAGGGGGAGUCCGGGAUGGCCAUCUUGCCGCAGCCAACUGGAGAAGAAAAAGAGACAAAGGAGGUGAAGGAGACAAGGAAAGAGAAGGACAAGUCGGACAAGUCGGACAAGGAUGUCAUGAUGUAUUUUACGAAGCUUCAAGUGGACAACUGGACCAAGGAUGAACCGCCGAAGCGAGCAAAGGACGGAGCUCCGGAGAUUGGCCAGGUUGAUGGAGAUGAAGAACCCAUCCCGUUUGCUGAGACAAUCUGGAACGUAGUCCUGGUCCUUGGUCAUAGUGGGGCGGGAUGGGCCGAUGUGAUGGUGGCUUUCGCCUUGACUGUGUUGGGCACACUGAUGCAAAUCAUCUUCGUUUCGGUGCUUCUGCAAGACAGCUUUCUUGGGGAUCAAGUCGAAAAAAAGGUGGAGGCAGCACGGCAAUGGAGAGCAGGAUCUGCCCACGAUGUGAAGCACAUGGAUUUGGCAUUGACAAGUCUUGUUUCCCGCGUGUGCAGUGGCGAUGGUUCCUUAAUUUUGUCCACUGGACAAGCUGACUUGAUAGCAGAAAUAAAUUCAUUCUUGGGUAUUCAAGAUGGAGGACUUGUACCGGCAAUGGUUCCUCCUGGCACUACCCUUUGCAUGCUUUGCAUUGGACUUUGGUGUGUGGUCUUGGGUGGAGAGUUUCGUGCGAUUGCAACCUCCCUUGUGGCAGCUGCACACAUCCCUCGCUCCAAGAGAACGAUAAUGGACAAGGGCAGCUUUGUUUCGAUCUCUUACCUGCGCUUUGGGAGCUACCUGCUGUUUCGGCUUGCACGAACUGCCGUUGCAGCCUGUUUGCUGAUUGCUGGUACGCAGUGGCUGGCGAGAACAUCGAGCAUUUCAGAUUUGAUACUGAAUGCAGUUGCACUCGAAGCAAUCCUGCAGAUAGACGAGCUUAUUUUUGUUGCGCUAUAUCCGAAGAAGGUUCAAACUGCUAUAUACGAACUUGAACCAGUCCAGAUUCGAUACACCCGCAGGUCGGGACAAUUGGAGUCCUGCUUGAUGCUAUUCCUCCUUGCUACAGCUGUGUCGGUGCCCUUCUUUCUAUGGGUCAAACCGAUUACAGACAUGAUGCUGACUGUGAAAGUAGAGUACUGCGGGGGAGAUCAAGACUUUGUAGUGAGUUUGAACCAGGACAUGCAGAUGUACAUGGGCUGGGAAACCGUGCCCUAUGAGAAUGUUUCAAGCCAACUCCUUGGGCAGCUUGCCGUCUCUGAGCAUUCCCAGAGAAGACUUUUCAAUGGGACCGUGCCGCAGUACAUCUCAUUUGCUUUGAGCCUGGACACUUUUGAGUCGAACCGCGUCAAGUCAAUGCAAGCAGCUGCUUCUUCAUUUCCAUUCUGCUUAGACUAUGAUAACCUUACAGGUGUUCUUCUUGACAACUAUGGCGCCUUUUUCCGAGCGAUAGCUGUGCAACUUGGAAGAAGCAAUGCAACAUCGUGCGCUGAGUUGGCCGAAUUUUGCAAUGACUUGGGUGCACGCUUGCUACGGAUGGUUUGUGGUCGGACCUGUCGGUGUGCUGAUCCAUUGGCCUUGCCAUGGUUCAAAGUGCCCAACCAAGGGUGUCCCGCAGUGUGCAGGGCGGAAGCAUUGGUAGCUGCCGCAGCACUACCAUGCACAAGUGCCAACACCACAGAGAAUUUCCAAAAAUUUUGGAGCAUGUACCCGAUGGUCAUGUCAUCAUUCAUUGGGCAAGAUUUGAUGUCAAGCCCUGAGGGCCCGAAAAUUGCAAAAUUGAUGGAAAUCAUGAGCGUCCUGGGAUGCCAGGGCCUUCCCGUUAUCGGCUCAAACAAUAUGGUCACUGGAGACAGCUGGUGCGGAGGGAGUGAAACAUUUUAUUCACCGCUUGCCUUGAUUUGUCCCCAGGAGUGUGGUUGCACAGGAGGGGAUUCUAUGCCGGCUUACUGUUCUGACAGCUGCCAAGCGUGUGGCGACAUAACAGUCUUCCCCGUGAACCCCGUAGCAUCGAAUUGUGCUGAAGCCAAAGCAAGCGGCGUCUGCGACGUACCUUCUGAGGCAGCAGCCCUUUGCCCGGAGACCUGCGGUCUAUGCAAUGGGACAGCGAAUGUGAGCGCUGUUUGUCUAGAUGGACACAUUCCACCCGAGCUGCUGUCCAUGGACUGCUUGCAGGUCCAGGCCUUAGGCUGGUGCCCUCCACUCGUUCUGCUGGGAUCGCCCAUCAGCAGAGUCUGUUCCAAAUCAUGUGGCUUGUGCACCUGACGUGGCGCAGUUGCAGCCUUAUCCGUGGAAGUGCAGAUAGUGCAGGUGGUUUCGCACAUGGUGUCACUGCGAGGAGUCCAACCGGGCUCUUUGUACAUUGGCUGAUUUGGCUGUGCAGCUGUUGUUUUCCCGGCCAAUUGUGCAAAGCACAAAAUGGGAAGAGAGAUGUGCCAGAUGUGCUCGUGAAGUGGAAAAGCUUGACG